UAUCUCGGCUCUUAAUUAUAAGACACGAUGUUGCGAGUCUUGAACCAUAGUCUUGGCCUAUUUCAAAGUAUUACUGAUGCCAGUCAAGUCUUCUCCCUGUCGCACAACUCCAAUAUUGAGAGUCUCAUUUUGAAAACAGCCUAAGAAUCAUGGAUAUUUCGCAAUUUGCUUCUCAGCCUUCAGAUCCUACGUGGGAGGAGCCUCGGUACGAGUUUCUAAACGUUAUUCACUUUCCCAGAGAUGACAAUGGAGAUUUGGAAGAUCGCCACCGCACCAUAAGCGAUCGAGCAAAGGCUUUGAACAAUAUCAGCCAGGAAUUCGUGAGACUUAUUGGGCUUAACGCACCUCCGAGCCAAGUUGAGUGCUUUAUAAAAAAAUGUGAAGUUACUUCGUUGAAUAGCUCACCCGCUGUGCAACCAAACGUAUUUGCAUGGCUCAAUGACACGGAUGCCCUGCGGUGGGCGUCCGAAAACAACAACGAAGAAACAGUUCGCUUACUUCUAAAGCGAGGGUUUUCUGUACGCCCUUGGGCUGUCCUAUUUGCUGCGGCAAAGCUAAAAGAAACGAAGAACACCACAAUCAUAGAGCUGCUGCUUAACUCUGGAUGGGAUAUCAAUAAGCCACUGGGGGAGACUAGGCCGCCCUUACUCUGCAUGGUAUUAGAGGUUCCCGAACUUGUGCAUUGGUGCCUAGAGAGAGGAGCUGAUGCCAGCUUAUCAAGCCCUUUAGGAUUAACAAUUAUCGAGGUUGCAGCCAGCUGCGCCUCCCUUGACACGUUGAAGCUCUUACUCGAGAGGGUAGGCAGCUCUCGGCAAGGAGAUGCAGUGGCACGGGCAUCCUUAGCCCAUACUAACGACAGCCAGCCCGAUCGCGUGGAAGUGGUUCGGUUUCUCUUGGAUCAGGGUUAUCCCAUUGACGAAUGCUACCAAACCCGCGACCCGGAUCCAGAUCACAAUUGUGCGGAGAUGUUCUUCGGAACACAGAACGCGCUGCACUUUGCCAUCUGGAGUGGAAAAGAGGACAUGGUGCGGCUUCUCUUAGAAAGAGGCACUGACAAGACCAGACCCACGAGAUCUGUUAUGAAAACAGAUUGGAAGACACUUUCACCGGUGGAACUUGCGAGGAAAUUCGGACACUUGAACCUUGUCCCGCUGUUAGAAGAUGAAUGAAUGUACUAUGUAUGGCCAUAUCUUCCCAUGGCUGACGGGGACUAUGUACCCCCGAGAGA